AAAAGUAGGUCUUGUUAUUGUGGAAGGCGGCCCGGGCGGCGUGAUACUGGCGCCCGGGCGGAGGGUGAUGAGGCCCCGCGACUCGCUGACGCCAGGCCACAUCACGCCGCCGUGAGGAGGAGAGAGCCAGCUUGCUGCUUCCACACUCGUUCAAGAAUACCUGAGGAAUAUCCCCCGCAAAACUCAGCAGCGAUUCUCCCCUGAAGCUGGACUUCCCCCCGCCACUCCGACCUUCUUUCGCCCCAGCGGAGUAGGCGGGCGUGAGGGCAGCCCCGGCCAUCAUGAACGUCACUUCGCUCUUCUCCUUCACCAGCCCGGCCGUCAAGCGCCUGCUGGGCUGGAAGCAGGGCGACGAGGAGGAGAAGUGGGCCGAGAAGGCGGUGGACGCCCUGGUGAAGAAGCUGAAGAAGAAGAAGGGCGCCAUGGAGGAACUGGAGCGUGCGCUGAGCUGCCCCGGCCAGCCCAGCAGCUGCGUCACCAUCCCCCGCUCCCUGGACGGACGGCUGCAGGUGUCCCACAGGAAAGGCCUGCCUCACGUCAUCUAUUGUCGCGUGUGGCGCUGGCCCGACCUGCAGUCCCACCACGAGCUCAAGGCGCUGGAGUGCUGCGAGUAUCCCUUCGGCUCCAAGCAGAAGGACGUGUGCAUCAACCCUUAUCAUUACAAACGUGUCGACAGCCCAGUGCUACCCCCCGUGUUGGUCCCACGCAACAGCGAGUUCAACGCCAAGCACACGAUGCUACCUCGCUUCCGCAACCCGCUGCAGCAGAACGAGCCGCACAUGCCCCAGAACGCCACCUUCCCCGAGUCCUUCGCCAAUCCUGUUCCCUUCCCGCAUUCGCCUGGGAACAGCUUCCCGAGCUCACCGGGCGGGGGCAGCAACGCCACCUUCCCGCAUUCACCAUCCAGCUCGGACCCUGGCAGCCCGUUCCAGAUGCCGGAGACGCCGCCGCCUGCCUACAUGCCCCCGGAGGAGCAGAUGACUCAAGACUGCCCCCUGCCGAUGGACACCAACCUCAUGGUGCCGCCUUUGCCUAUCGAGACUAGCAACCGGGCAGAUGUGCAGCCCGUGGCCUACGAGGAGCCCAAGCACUGGUGCUCCAUUGUUUACUACGAGCUCAACAACCGCGUCGGCGAGGCCUUCCAGGCCUCGUCCACCAGCGUGCUGGUGGACGGCUUCACGGAUCCCUCCAACAACCGCAACCGCUUUUGCCUGGGCCUGCUCUCCAACGUCAACCGCAACUCCACCAUCGAGAACACCCGGCGGCACAUCGGCAAAGGCGUCCACUUGUAUUACGUCGGCGGCGAGGUUUACGCCGAGUGCCUGAGCGACAGCAGCAUCUUCGUCCAGAGCCGCAACUGCAACUACCACCACGGCUUCCAUCCCACCACCGUGUGCAAGAUUCCCAGCGGCUGUAGCCUGAAGAUCUUCAACAACCAGGAGUUCGCCGAGCUGCUCGCCCAGUCCGUCAACCACGGCUUCGAGGCCGUCUACGAGCUCACCAAGAUGUGCACCAUCCGCAUGAGCUUUGUCAAGGGCUGGGGAGCCGAGUACCACCGCCAGGAUGUGACCAGCACCCCCUGCUGGAUCGAGAUCCACCUCCACGGCCCCCUCCAGUGGUUGGACAAGGUCCUAACGCAGAUGGGUUCUCCCCACAACCCCAUAUCGUCCGUGUCCUAGACCUCCGUCAGGGUCAGCACAGCGUUUUUAUUUUUUUUGGAGGGGGGGGGGGGGGGUCCAAGUAGCAAGACGAUCAGAUCCCAGAUCGGUUGACUCCUUAUUGCCUCGUUAGAUAAACCGUCUGAUUGAAGCACAAGUGGCUGAUCUGGGAUCUGUCAAUUGCAUGGGUUUUCUACUUGAAGGACGUGUGAAGUGGGCACAUACACAGACUGGGAGACGAGUGAGCAAAGAGAGCAUGAUGCAACUGGAAGAAACUUGAUCUUUGUGACCAACACCAAUAAUCCAACCGUCACACUCUUGGUGAGCGCAGGCGUCCCCAAACUGGUCUCCUUUCAAAAAAUGUUUUUCUUCCUGUCGACGUCACUUUGCAUGCCCGCAUCCACAUACUCCGUCCGACCUCCACGUUUUGAAAGCGGUGACCACCAAGCCGCCGCGGUCAUCACGGCAUUGCAUAUGUUGUACCGUAUCAUUUUUAUGAAACCACAAGAUGGCUUGAUGGUCGCUAAAUAGAAAGGAAGUGGGCAAGAACAAAGUCAAGAGUGGAAGACUGCUUCGCCCCCAUUCGCUGGGUGUAGCGUCCGCGCUACUCACAUCGGGUGCCUUUUGGCAGAGACUGCACGCGUGGCUGUUUCAUCCACAGGUACAUAUGUGAAUGAUAAAUAUUGUUAUGUAUUGUUGUAAAACAGAGUCACUGUUGUAGCAUUGUGUCAGUAGUGUGCGUUUCAAAGUGUGGGGGGUCUCCGAAUUCUCACGCUCAAGACAGCGCUAAAUACAAAGCAACAUGCUUUCUUUUACGGCAUCGGUAUCAAGAAAAGCUUCAUUGACACACCGUAAAAACCCUGGCAUUCACCCUCCUUUGCCUUUCAUAGCGAACCCAGCCAAGCAGGAUAUGGCUGCCUCGCACCAACUGGACAGUAACAACGAUCUUAUGUGAUGUACAACAUCUGCACAGGGACAAUUGCUUUCGACACAAAAGGCCAACUCAGGUUUUACCAUUCCAAGCUGUCUGAACCAAACCGUCCCGCUUGGUGGAACCGUGGUUCUAUAAAUGCGUUGUAACUACCGGUAUAAUUUUUGGGGCGACAUUCCAGGUCUCUGGAAUUGCAGUCAGUCGGACCUUACACUGCAAAGACAUUGGUGUCGAAUUUGGAAGAAAGACUCCAAGGGUGACCUGUAUGAAAUUUCAAUCACUCAAGAAGAUACUUGGGAAAUUUAGGGGUGGAGUGGAGGUAGUAGGCGUGUGGGCGAGGUGGGGCAGAUGGUUUAUUUCACGGGAAAAAAAAAUACAGUUCCGCCAAUAACUUAAAUGUUGCUUGUCAUGUUUUACACUAAUGUUUUACCCCAUGGACUUGGGUUCAAAUAGUGUUUUUUUUUAUUCACGUUUAGACUAUGGUGCUGUGUUGUCUAUUUUUGGCCAUGCAUAGUUUGGUUUCUGGAAGCAUAAGUACAAAAGUAAAGACGCAUCAUGGACUGGUGUUUUCAAUGUCUGUUACAUGAAAAUAUUCAAUUUUAAUUCAAUACACAAUCGUGUCCACCCAUAUCAUUUUUUAAAAAAUAAACUACUCUGUUCUUA